AGCCUGCUGGCUUCAACCACAGUUUCACCCAUGGCUCGCGCGCGUCGCUGAAGGCCAUGUGGCCUCAGCGAUGAGACCUGAGAAGUCCAGCCGUGGCAAGAACGGAGUCCGGAGCCGGGACAAGCCCGAAGGGGACAGCUCCAGGACAGAUGAGACGGCCAGUUCCGGCACCGGCUCUCGCUCUCGGCAUGAUUGGCAGGAUUGGCCCAAGAGAUCAGAGACGGAGUAUCCCAAAAUGGAGAAAGUGAAUGCCAAGCCACCGCCGCCACCGCCACGAGAGGAUUGGCAACCAACCAUGGACUGGCCACCGCUUUCCAGGAAAGCUGGCCCACGGGAGGUGAGGGAGGUGAAGGAGGAUGCGAGCCAGUCUGAAGAUCGGAUGCCCGUGGAGUUCAGCGGUUGCGUUGAGCCCGAGCCGCCCGAGCCGCCCGAGCCGCCAGAGCCGCAGCCAAGGGAGGCCAGCUCCGUUGCCAAGAAGAAGCGCAAGGUGGGCAAGACUUAUCUCACGGGCGAUGAGAUCUUGAGGCAGCUGCUACAAUUCGUCCGGAGCAUGCCCUUCGAUUCCUGGGGGGCCUAUGUGUACUGUUUCGAGCACAAGUCCGAGUUGUUGAAGGUGACGCAAAACUCCAAUUCAAGGUUCGAAGUCAAGCUCACCAUACCUGCAGUAUUUCUGUAUCUCUUCAAGCUGGAGCAGGAAAAAGAAAGGUGGUUGGAGAGCUCUUCCAACAAAGACGAGGCCAAAGCAGUCCUGGCGCACAAGCUGGUGGACCUGCUGCUUCAGCAGGGCGUCAUCAGCGACCGAGUGGCCGAAGGUGGGACCUUGAACCUUCCGAAGCAGCCGACCAUGCCGCCCAAAGUGUGGAAGUCGAGCUUUCCGACCUCCGGCCACGGCGGCAAGCUGAAGGCAACACGUGACCAGCGGCUGCGACUACGAGCCAGCCAGGAGGAUGGGGAGGAUGGGGUGAAAUUGUUCAUCCUGGAGGAGACAUGGGGUCUGGCGACUACUUUGCCAGCAGAGCACUCGUAUCAGCUCACUCUGGACGACACCGAGUUUCGCUUGGAGGUUACGAGUGCAGAAUGGACCAACGAGCAUGUGGAUGUCGUCCUGAAGUUCAAUUUGGAAGUUUUGGGAUCAGGUGACUUUGAAGUUCUUCUGGUCAAGGUCAAAGAUGGCAAGAUCGACCUGGACGCCAUGAAGGUUCGGAAAGCAGACGACCGGCCACCACCGCAAGUGAGAGACUUGAUGCACAAGAUGGACCGGCUGAGCUGGUGGGAGUUGGUCAGAAAAAAGGCGCCCGUGGUUCCCGCUGCCUGCCCUCUGAAAUUGCACAAGAUCUUUGAUGAGCCGCAGGCGCACGAAAAGCAGGAGUUUCAGGAGGACGUGUACUGCAUGGCCAAGCUCGGGAAGGAUUGCCUGCGGCUGAUGGCAGCUGUUACGGAAUACGACAGGUUGUCUAAAGCGAAAGAUUCGAAAGCACGGGAUGCACUGCUGAAGAAGGUAGAGGAUUACCUGGACCCGGAGAGGAUUGCCGAUCUCAUGGCCCGUUCCCCACUGAUCCAGCUCGGCACAAAGUCGAAGGUUAGCCAACAGGACGCCGCGGAAAUGUUCUUCGCGCUGUUGGGGGCACACAAGCUGGAGAGCGAUAUGUUCACCUUGAUACGGCUGUGGGAGUGGUUUGUGGCAGAUGAGCACAACAAGUGCGAGCGCUCCCUUGACCCUGCAAAGAAGUACACCGCUGGCUGUCCGCGGUACCUGGGGCGCACUCCCAGCUACAUGGAAUUUGGCGAGGUGGAUCCAAAGGACGGGUCCGCCCUCCAUCUCAAGGUUCGAUUUGAAGAUUGUGAUGAUGCCUUCUACAGAUGGAACGGCCCGAAUGCGGAGGAGUUGCGGCCGGGCCUCUACGACGGCAAGAGGGAGUGGAGGCCCUGCCCGUGGGAUCCGAUACUGGGCACCUUUUGCAGUCCGUCCAUGAAACUUUCAAAUGGCGAUCCUCGACCCUUACCCAACAAGGUGAGUGCCUGGCUGAGGGGAAGAUCAAUGAAGAAGCUGGUGAGUAUCAAGCAUUCCAUGGAAAGCACCCCGCCAUACUUCUACCUGCGCGAGGAAGAGCAUGAAACCGACAAGGUUGAGCAACUGAUCGUGGUGUACCGAAAGAUCGGAGAAGUCUGCUACAGGCGAUCCGCACAUGGUGGUCUUGGGGAGGAGAUCUACGAGGGCCAGGUGUACCCGCUGAGCUUUUCCGAGAACAAGAAGACACUUGUCUCGCAGGCGAUGCCUGGCUGGGCCCUUCCGCGCAAGGUGGUGACUUGGCUCUUGGAGAAGCGAAGUCUGCCAGACCUCAUCCCUGGCCGGAAGAAAUCCGCCAGUGAUCAAAUUUCAACCCAAGAGAAGAAGGCAGGCUUCAUGACUUCGCGCAAUGAGAAGGUUUGGGUCGAGGCCAAAGCUUUGACCUCUGGACGGGGGCACAUCUUCCAAGUCGAGGAGGGGGGGAUGUGGAAGGCGCUAUCCUAUUCCGAAGAGAAGAAGGAAUGGGUCUUCAACGUGAGGAAAGCGCAAGAAGAAGAAAUCGUGCCCUGUGAGGCGAUUGCGUACAUCUAUGAGAAAAUCGAUGAUUCUGCGAAGCUGAAUACACCGACUGUUAGGAGAUACUUCCCGGAAGCUUCAGGUACAGCAGUGGCUGAGAUCGAGCAGCAGACGGACCACCGCUUCUAUGAGUUGUCACUUUUGGCCGAGGCUUUGACGCACUGCUCUGCGGGUUCAUCGAUUGUGAAGCCCAACGAUCAUUUGGCUUUUGUGGGCGAAGCCGCGUUGAAGUGCUUCGUGUCCGAGAAGGCCAUUGCCGAGGUGGCCUUCAACGCACAUUUGGUGGUCAAGGAGGGCAGCGUCAGUGGCAAAACCUUCUGCGCGCCGGCUAGCUUCACCCUCCCAAAGAAGGAGCUCAAGUCGCCGGAGUCGGAGUCAAAGUCGCCGAAGUCAGACAAAGGUGACUCAUCUCCACCACUGAGUCUGAAGGAGACGCUGAAACGUCGCCGUUUGGCGUGCUGCAACCAUGUCAGUUACGCUUCCAGCUGCGUCAAAAACGAGCUACACAAGAACAUCAACCACACUUCGGAGCAGCUGAAGGAGAGCAUCUCCAUUUUUGCCAAGAAGCAAGCGAAAGGCAAAGUGGCUGCGCUUGUGAAGCUGGGCGCGCCCAAGGUUCUUGGUGAUACACAGUUGGCGACGAUUGGAUCGAUCACCAUGGACUCUGAUAACUUGGAGGCGGAGAGCCUCAUGGCGAAGCAUUACAAAGAAAGCAACGACACUUUCUACAAGGAGCUGUUGCAAGACGCGGAAAUUCCACACUUCAGCAAGUUCAGUUUUGAGGACGGGAAGUCGAUGCAAGACACUCUCAAGGCGCUCGACCAUGACAUGGUGAAGGAUCAGAUCUCCUUGGCGCCGUGGUUGCUGAGUGCUGAUCCGGAAGUAGAUCGGAACGAAAUCAACAAAUUGAAAUACUGCACUGACCUUAUGCUUUUGGAAGUGGAGAAUCCCAAGGGUGAGAAUGAACUAAUCGCCUGCUCGUCUCCCCGGGCCAUGCUUCUGAACGUUGCGCUUCAGCGCCGUCAGGAGGGAGGUUCUUCGGAUGAGGAUGCCGGAGAGCAAAAUGAAGGGAGUGGCGAUCAGGACGCAGGACAGAGCGAGUCUGAUCGCAGACCAACUGAGCACGAGGGAGCGAUAUACUGCAAGCCUUGCAAGAUGUGGCUGAAUGGGCCCACCCAGUGGGCUGACCACGAGAUUGGCAAGAAACAUCGUAAAGCUGUGCGGCGCCAGCAGGCUGCAAAGCAUGCUGGCUGCGAGGAAGAAGACGAGCAGCCCCGCCCCAUUCCGGCAGAGUUCGGAAAGGGACCGCGAAAGGAUGAGAGGAGUGAGGACGUGCAGAUGUCUAUAGUCAAAAACGAGGCUUGCACCAUGUUUUCAGCUGUGGACCCACGGCUAGGCUGAGCAAGGCGAAGGUGCGGCCGUGCGGCUUGUGACGGGCUAGACGGCUAGACUUCGACUCUUGCUUGACCAGGAAACAGGAUGCCGUGCGCCUGCCAGUUUUUGCAGCAUGGCAAGCUUGACAUUCGACAAGAUGCCAGGCAACACGCGGAAUAUUCAGGCUACUUUUUCCCCGUACUUCAAUGAGCCAAUGCAGUAAUCGGUAGGACAAUUCAUUGCACGCAUCGGGGUGCAUUUUUGUUGGAUGCCGCUUCCUGAGAACA